UAAUUAUACUUUUACUUGGGCUUUGCCUCUAUUUUGUGUGUUGCCAAUGAGGGAAUCACAUUAACAUUUAGUGGCUACCAACUGUUUUGUGACAUGUUUAUAAACAUCAUUUUAUCCUAUGCUCACAAUAUUCCAAUACAGAGAAACAGUCCUUCAGAUGAGGAGAUGGGCAAGCACACUGCCUUGCUGAUGAUCAUACAAGUAAAUAUAAUUCACUUCUUCCAAAAAGAAAUCCCCCUUUGUGUAAUACCCAACUGGAAGCUUUUCCUUAGAAUAUAUAAUUUUUUCUGUAAGGUUCCAUCCUAAAUAUUCAAAUUACAUAAUCACGUUACUAAGAAGUCUCAAAGGUUUAUUUACAAACAGUUUAAAGCACUUAAAUUAUAUAGAUUAUGUUUCAAAACAAGUUCUGUUGAAGUAGUACCGUCUUAGUCAUUUUGCGGCUUAUUGCACUUCCUGUAACUGCUAUUGAUAAACUUCCUUAGUAGUACAGAAACCAUUUCAGCGUGCUAGAGGACCAUUUUUAAUCUGAACUGAACCACCCUCUUGCUUUCUUAGCCAAAUCACCAACAUGUCCUGUUAAAACAAGAAUUCAUAUUCUGCAAAAGAAGUUAUCAGGAGGGAACGUUCUGAAAUGGAUGCCAAAUAUUUCAUCUUAAUUUUGUUUUGUCAAUACCUGAACAAUGCACGUUUCUCAGAAACAGAAGCAUCUGCAACAGAGAAGCAGCCACAGUCUACUUUACUUGUAUCACCAGUGCCGUAUGCCUCAACUAAUUCUCCAAACACAAAAGGGAAUGAUUUGAGUCAAACAACACAAUUCAACAACAUUUCUGCAAGACAACAAUUAUCACCUGCCAAAAUCCCGGAUGGACAACCAACACCGGCUGUCUAUGUCUCUUCUAGAAAACCAGCACUACACACUUCUGCUAGACCAUCUGCCUAUAACAUCACCAGACAAGCAAUAUCAACAGUCAACAACUCCUUCCUACUAACACCACUACCUGGCUUCACUUCUGCCAGACAACUACCACCUUCUACCCACACAUUCACCAGACAAACACCAAGACCUUUUGUCCAUACUCCCACUCAGCAGUCACGCUCCUCACCAUCACUUGCUCCUACCUCUUCUGGAAGACCAGUACUACAGACUGCUCAUUACCAAUCCACAAAGCCCACACCACCUGUUUAUUUACCUAGGACUGUCAAUUUACCUAAGAACACAUCACCAUUUACUUCAGACCCUACCAGCGGCAAAGGAACUCCACAUAAAACCAACUAUAAUGCAAUUGCUGCCAUAUUAAUUGGUGCAAUUUUAAUUUCUUUGUUAGUGGUUAUAUUAAUAAUUGUACUGUGGAAAUACCUGAGGAAACCAGUUUUAAAUGAUCAAAACUGGGCGGGCAGGUCCCCAUUCGCUGAUGGAGAAACACCAGACCUAUGUAUGGAUAACAUUAGAGAAAAUGAAGCAUCUACAAAACGUACAUCAAUUGUUUCACUUAUGACUUGGAAGCCAAGCAAAAACACACUUUUACCAGAUGAUUUAGAAGUUAAAUUGUUUGAAGCGAGUGAAAACACUGAAGAUACCAAGAACCUCAAAGCUGAGAACGUAAAAGAUCAAGUUAAUGGCACAUCAGAAGACAGUGCUGACAGGUCAACAAUUGGUACGGCCGUCUCUUCCUCAGAUGAUGCAGAUCUGCCUCUGCCUCCUCCUCUUCUUGAUUUAGAAGGACAGGAGAGAAACCAAUCAGACAAGCCCACAAUGAUAACAGUAUCCUCUCUGCCAAAUGAUUCUACCAAUCUCCAACCAUCUCUGGGCAGUCUAAAUCAAGCCUGUGAAGAUCAUGAUUCUGAGAUCAAACAGUCACUUCCACCACCCCCUGACUCAUUUAACUUGCACCUAUCACCAGUAGAUUUUAUAAAAAACCAUGAGGAUGUCAACCAUGAGAUUCAGUACCAGUUCUCUAUUCCUCCUGACUCUGAUCAAGACCUCACUGAAUCCCUGCCGCCACCACCUACAGAACUGUUAUAAAACUCCCUGCUUGCUUUUGACCCUAGCUUCCAUCCUGAAAUGAUUCCAUCUUUUGUUGCUCAUGGUAUAAAAUACGUAACAUGAUAAUUGGCAGCCAAUUUGAUUUUUAUCUUAUUAAAGCCCAUGUGCACAGGUGGAUUAUCACAGUGGAGUGUUUACCAGCUAUAGUACUUAUUUUUAAAGCAGAGUACCUAUUCGUUAAUAACUUAACCAUUUUGUAAAUAAGUAAUGCAGACAUACUACUCAACAGAUUUUUUUAUAAAGCUGUUUAUAAACUUAUUUUGAAUAAAUAAAAAAAUUAUUUUUCCAUAUCAAAGUUUAGGGUGGAAU